AUGUUGGAAGAGGAGAAAGUGAGUACUGUAAUGGGCACUUUUAAUCUUCAGUCUGUGUCCUUGUGCGGAUGGACGGAGGAUAAUUUUGUUGUGAUUGAUCUGACUGUUUGCCUUUCGAUUUCAGACGCGUACCCAAUCAGUGGAUUUAAACACCGAUACCUCGCUUAUGGUGGAUAUCUCCGAUGCAUUAAGCGAAAGGGAUAGGGUGAAAUUCACUGUUCACACCAAAGUAAGAGCAAUAAAUCUAAUAUUACACAUGAUUCAUGAUGUAGUUCCCUGUUACUCAUUGGUUAGUUUGUCUGAUCGCGAUGCUCGCUCAUUUAUUUUGUAGACAACUCUUCGGAACUUUAAGGAAAGCGAAUUUUCCGUAGUCAGGGAACACGAGGAGUUUGUCUGGCUCCACGACCGGUAUGUGGAAAAUGAGGAAUAUGCUGGAAUCAUUGUAAGUAAAAUCUCUAACAUGGACUAGUUAUAUUAAUCAAAGUAAGUUAAGUUUGCAUUAAAACAACUAGAGUCAUAAAACUUUGUUAAUACGCUGUAUGUAGUCAUAUAUAUAUAUAUUUAUUUAUUGUAGUGAUUGUAAAUUGAUGGUGUAACCUGACUUUGACUCAAGAACUUUUUUAAAUAUCCUGUCUGUAAAGAAUAAUGAUAAUUAUUAUACAUUGUACUCACUAUCUGUCUUCUCAUUGGCUAAGAGCCUACAGAAACCUACAGAUUAGUUAGUUAUCUGCUAGCAGAUAAUUAACUAAUCUGUAGGUUACGCGCGCAAUGCAUGAUUUCCAAUAGCAAGAUCAAUUCAGGUUCCUUGUGAUGGUGUGUUUGUCGUCAUUUUCUUCAAAACAAUGUAUAAUAAAACAAUUAUUAGGUACGGUCUUAGUGAUAUCCUGAAUAAUCAAGGUCUUGGUGAGUGUUAUCAGCCUCAGCUUCAGCUCGGCUGAUAACACUUACCUCGACCUUGAUUAUUCAGGAUACCACAAAAACCUCAUCCAAUAAUUGCUUAUUAUUAUCAUAAUCAUAACUACAACAAAGUUCUAAAAUCUGACUGGCUAUCAACUGCCCUGAUUUCAGCCUUAACAGGACACUUUUUUACUUUUUUACUUUUUUUUUACUGCUAGUCAAAAAAAAUCUUAGAAUUUCUUGUGUUUUGAUUUAAAAAAAGAACCUUACAUAUCACAAAAUUUUGCUAAAGUUAUGAUUAAUAAAUAUUGGUAACAGGAAUGAGUCGUCCCAUUUUGUUAAUCACUCGUAUGAUUACAGACCGAGUUGGACUCCAUUCAGUCUAGUUACCAUCACUUAUUUAACAAUUAAUGAAUGAGGCUGAAUAUCACAUGAAGAAUUGUGGAGAUCGAGGAGGGGGUUCCGAAAUCUCCAUAAUUCUUCAUAUGAUAUGAAAGCCAAAUUCAAUAAUUGUUUUAUUAUUCAUUCAAAAUAAUUCCUAGCUUAAAAACAGAGCUAAAACUUGCUUACCUCCAUCGAUUCAUUGAUGUUAAGUUCAUCUUCGAUAGUGCACGUUUAGGGUUGUUCAGCUCUGCAAAUAUUCUCCAAAUAGCAGAUGUCACCCUUUGAGUUGUCUUCUUGCUGUUCUUGCCAUGUUUUUAGCUAUUAUUUCACCUAGUUCUUACUCUUGAAACGAGUGAAAUGUCCGGCAUAUUUGUUUCCACAACCAAAACAACUCAACCUCAUUCUCAGGUCUUCUCUGUUAACUUUGCCUCAACCUGUAGAAGGCUGCAUUUUUGACGUCAUUUCCUCGUUAAACACCAAAUUCUUCUCCAAAUUUGGUCAUCAGCAACUGGUUAUCCAAUCAGAAUAGGGGAAAUAUUUGGAAUGAAUAAUGAUAAUACUUAAUUUAUCCUCUCCCUGUAAGGGGCUGUCAGGAUAAUGAAACAAAUAAUAUUGGAAAAAAACAUUAUUAAGGCAGAGAAUCCCAACUGACUGGAGGCAAAGUAGUUGACUAUUUACAAGCGUGACCUAGGACUAAAGUGUACCAAGAACAAAUCUAGUUAACAGUCAGGGCUGGACUUUAAUAACUCAGUGCUUCUUGAUUGCAAGCGCUCUAACCAGUCAGCCAUGCUACCUUCCUUAGUCUGGCCUGCGUCAUGGAUGUGUAACAUCUGUGAAGCAGCUUGGAUGUCCCUGUUCUGGGCCACGAGAAGACUUAGUAAAUUACUGGAAAUGCAUUCAACCUGAUUGGCAAAUUAACAAUGGUUUUUUUAACGGGCCAAUUAUGGCGUGUACUCAAAUCCUGGUACACAGGUACAAUGGUGGCCCAGAAUGAGGAAUGCCGUGCUGUUUCGCAGACGGACUUAACCAGAAGUUUUGUUCUUUCUGUGGCCCAGACCACCCUUAGUAAGGAAUGGAUAGAUAAGAUAGAUAAGUUCGCUGAUAAGAACUUUCCUGCAAGUGUGAUCCUAUGAUUUGCCAAGAACCAAGCAGUCAUGAAUACUGCAGUCAGCAGUUGAUAGUGUAAUUGUUUUAGACUUGUACUUACUUUUUAUUUCCAGUUUUCUUAAUAAAUUUUAGUUAAUAUUAAAUAUUAAAAUUUUUAUUAUUAAGUCUUCAUUUCUGUCAGUUGCUGUUGUAUGAAAUCCAAUUUUAUGCUAUCCAAUAUGGCUUGUCGUAAAACUCUGCAAACCCAAUAUGGAAUUUUUCUUUGUCUUUGGCCAGAGCAGUAAUAGGUUAUGAUUCUGUCAUUCUUGAGAUGAUUUGGUUACUGGAUUUGCAUAUCUACCUCAAUGUUUUUAACAAGUUGUGACUUGUUCAUUCUUUAGAUUCCCCCAGCUCCACCCAGACCAGAUUUUGAUGUGUCUCGUGAAAAGCUUCAAAAACUUGGAGAAGGUACCUGUACCAUUUGUUUGAGCUUUUACAUUUCAAGAUGAGCACCAUGUUUAGGUAGCUGUCAAUGGUAAAUUAGGAAAAGUGACUGUUUAACUCAGAAUCAGUCUAGCUAUUCACCAUCAGGCUUGUCAAAAGUAGUUGGCUGCCGGCGAAAAUCACCGCCUGCUUGGUUAAUAUCGGCAGGCUACUCUGCUUAGAAUAUUUGUGACCUCUCACGCGAAAACGUACACUAACGGCUUUCCGUUAAACAGGUGAAACGCGCGGCUGUCGAACGGGUAAGAAACGGCCCACGAAGCCGUUUGAAAUGGAUGAAACCGAACGGUUGAACGGCUGACAAUUUAUUCCGAACGGAUUGGUAUGACGGCUGAACAGCUGGCGAAAAAUUUCGAACGGAUGGUAAUCACGUCUGAACGGCUAAAAAAAUUUUCGAACGGUAGACCUGAACGGCUGAACGGCAGGAGUAAAAAUUUUUUAUGGAUGACGUUUUUUAAAUUAAAUAUCCCUGGACUGGCCACUUACUUUGAUAACUCGGCUGUCUACUUCAAACUUUCUGACAACCCUGAGCAUGUGUUUUCUUUAUUUCAGGUGAAAACACCAUGACAAAAGAGGAGUUCCAGAAAAUGAAGCAAGAACUAGAAGCGUAAGUGUGAUAUUUUUUGUUUGUUAUGAUUGAUGUCAUCAUGCCUAUUUUAGAAUAGUUAGAAUAAAGUGAUUUUGUUAUUUUCAGUGCAUGCUUAACAUACCUUGACGUCUUGCAAUGUGGUGCGUUGAGCGCAAAUUCUUAUUCUUUCCUUUAUUGAAACAAGGAACAAAGUAAAGAGGACAGAAAAACAAAAUAGUUUUCUAGGCAACAAGGCAGUUAUAAUCACUAAAAUUGCUGUUUGUUAGAAAUUGCCAUGAGGAACCACAAGUAACCAUGAGUAACCAAGAUGAGUAUGAUAAUACAUAGAUUUACCCAGGGCUAAAAGUGAAGCCCUGGUUAAUAAUACUUAUAAACAAAAAGAAUUACAUUGUGUAAUGUUAAACGGGAACAGCAAUGAAAAUGGCAUCAAGAUCAAUAGAUCUAAUUAGCAAAAAAACAAAUUUGCACGUGCAGCACACAUUUUUGUCUUUCUUUGCCAUUGUUUUGCACGACUACAAUGCUGUUUUGUACGACUAAUACAUAAAACCUCCUAGUUAAACAUUAUUGUUAUGGAGGAAUUGCCAUAUGUGCUUACCCAAUAUUUUGUUUCCUGAGUUCAUGUUUGCUUUUAUUUUUCACUGGCCCUCAUUUACACCUUGCUGGCUGCUCCUUGUUGAACACUCCCUGCUGGCCGCUAGCAUUUCUCAUUCUCUCACCGCGGCUUUGAAUUUUCAUGUUUUUCUUCCUAUGAAAUUCGUCUCCUUUGUUUUGAGUCACUAGCUCUAGCUCUGUCUCUGUUAUCCACGUGAGUGUAAACAUCAUAUAAUAUCUUGCCAGUUCUCUAUGAGCUUCAUUGUUUGCCAGUGUUUUAUUGUAUCUACUUUAAAAUUUUAAUAAAUUUUGAUAAAAAUUUUAUUUUUACUUUUAAGGCCAUACAUGGCAUGUCACCUAGCAUUAGGUCCCCUUCUGCAUAUUCAUUCCGAUUGCAUUGCUCUAUUGUUUUGGAAUGUCCUAAGGGGUGCAUGCAUGCAACUUUAGGCGCAAGAUCGUUUUCCAUUGCUGCCCCUACUGUGUGGAACGGCUUUCCCAUGCAUAUCUGUGAUAUUGAAUCACUGGGGCCUUUUGAGAGACAUGUAAAGACAUAUCUGUUGAGAUUAACUUUUGCACUGUUUUAUAAUAUUGCAAAUUUUAUUUUCAUUUUAUUUAGUUUUUUUUAUUGUAUGUUUAUCUUUUUUUUUACCUUUUUAUCGGUUUUACCUAGCAUAGAUUCAUCUUGUAAAUUUUAACCAGUAUAUGGACAAUGUAAUGUGCUUUUGGUGCUGUAGCCAAUUUAUAAAUUAUUGUUAUUAUUAUAUUAUUAUGAUCAAUAAUUAUUCUUUCUUUCAGGGAGUAUCUUGCUACUUUUAAGAAAACUGUAGCCAUGCAUGAAGUCUUCUUGACACGCUUAGCUGCUCAUCCUACCCUGCGAAAGGACAGCAAUUUUAAUGUCUUUUUGGAAUUUAAAGGAGAGGUAUGUACCUUUCAUUGUGUAGCAUUAAGUACAGGGCAAAAACUUCCUCUGAGAAAAACAUAGGUAGCUGCCCAACUCAGUUAAGGCUUCUUUAAACUUUUAGUAAACUGCUCUUCUUAUAAAAUUAGUUACCUUCAACUGACACUCUCAUCUUGAAUUUUACUGUGGUUUGUUAGCUUGCUGUAGGUGAACAUGCACAUAAAAUUUAACCCGAAUUUGACAAAUUGCCUGUGAAAAAAAACUCUGACAGCAUGUGUAGCUUUAUUAUCAUCAUGGAGCUUUCUGCCAUGAAAAAAAAUCCUGUAAAAUGCAAGGUAAAAUUUAAGAAAAUCUGCUUGAUUUCAUUUUGUUUGAGGUAUCUGCUAGAGAAAUUGUGCCAUUACCAAGCAUAUUUUGUACAUGGACAAAUGUUUUUUUCUCUGUGAUGAUUUGCUUGUUAAAGCAUGUGUGAGUAAGUCAGUACGGAAGGCUUUAGAAGAGGAUUAGAAGCAAGGGGAUCUUUCUGAACAGAGGUUUGAUUGAGUAAGAGUCAAUGAAGAUGGUGAUCUUUCCGGGCUGUCAUUAAGGUUCUAAAAAGUUGGCCUCAAGUAGGGAAAGUAGCUAAUAUAGUAAUUGGACAAAUCCUCAAAAGAUAAAAAGAUAUUUGUUGUGCUCAUUUUAAAACUGAACCAUUAGCUGGUAGAUUUUACUGCAGUUGCUGGCCACUAAUGGCAGCCCGGUUGAAGGAUGUGUGACUUUUGUGACAUGUGUGGUCAUUAUUUUAAUUAUAUCUCUUACUCAAGCUCAAUGUACGGGGCAAAAACAAGAAGGAAAAGCUUGGAGGGCUCUUUAAAGGCCUUGCUAAGGGUGUGGAUGAAGUCCUUAUAUCUGGACAAAAGGUAAAUCUUGAGUCAACCUAUGUAUAGUUAAAUAUUGUUGACAUAUCCAUGUGGUACUGUGCGUUUAAAGGCAAAAGGUAUGACAAUGAUCUUAUUCUCUAUGAGCAUGACAUUGAGGUUUAUUAUUUCCUUUUUCAGAGGUUCAAAAUAUGAGACAGAUUUUUUUAGCUUGCAUUUAGUUUUACUGCAGCUUCUUUGUGGUAAUUGCUAUUUUGAAAAAGUAAUCGAAAGUAACUAAAAAGUAUUUUUGAUUUAUUUUAAAAAGACAAAGACAUCCCAGCAGUAUUUUGAUAUCAUUGUUUUGAACUAGUUCUGUGUCCUCACCAUAAACAUCUCUUGGUGACUUACGAGCUUGCUUAGGAUGAUGCCGUAAGAAAUUGCAUUAGUAUUAAUUGUCAAAACAUCAAUAAAUUAAGUUGUUUGUAUCCUGUUGCUAAACGACAGACUGAACUUAAUUCUUUAUAUAUAAAAAGAAAAAUGCUUGGGCGAUUGUAUAAUAAAGUUAUUUGAAAAAAGAGAAAGUUCCUUAGCUAUUUGCUGGUGGUAAAAUUAUUUGUAAUUAAAUUUAUUAUUAGCAAUCACCUUUAAAUAAUUAUUUGUUUGUUUAUAUAGUUAAAGGUUUGACCGUUUAUGUUAUUAGAUCCAAACUGUCAGAUUAUCAAAAACUUAUUUCUCGAGUUUGUUUAAUGUUUUUUAAAUUAGCCAAUUGUACAUUUGCAUCAUUUACUUUUGUGUAUUAAUAAUAAUUAUUAAUACACAAAAGUAAAUGAUGCAAAUGGGUGUAACUAUUUUUUCAGGACCAUGAUGAGUUUUUUGAGAAUGAGAAGAAGUUUUUAGUUGAAUACAACAUGAAGUAAGUUUUACCUGAGAGUUGAAGCUAUCAAGUUUACUUUUGUUCUGUUUUUGUUGUAGUUAUGAAUUCCGUUAAAGGGGCUAUGUAACAGUAUUUGUUAUCUUUUUGAAAAGCUGAAAUGUGUCUUUGCAUCAGUUGGAUUACAAAACAUACCAGUCCAGUUUUGUUAUGUGAGACUAUAAUUGUGUAGGCAUUGAAACCUUUUCCUGUCAUCUGUUGCUAUGAAUGGCAAGGAUGGAUUGGAUUGAAAUUUGUGAAAGUUGCAGGGUGCAAAGAGAGUCAGUUUUACAGCCUGCCAUUCGGGCAAGCUGUAGCUAGCAUGUACUAGCCCACAAGUCAUUUCAACUAGCCCCAAAACCCUUUUUGAUUAGCAGGAUUGAUUACAAUCCUUCUGUAAUUUGAAUUUCCCCAAAAAACAGCAUUUGCCCGUUGGGCAAGUUAAGAAAAAAAUCACUAGCCUGAUAGCAAAAUCCACUAGCCCAGGCUAUCGGACACGACUUUCUUUGCACGCUGAAGUUGGGACAACUUUUUCAAGUUUUACUGCUAUGCCUGCAAAAAUCACCGAAAACAUUAUUAAGGUUAGUACGUGCUCCCUGAUAAAAAUUGCUUGAUAUCUUUUAAAACUGUACAGGAACAAAGGGCAAAGGCACUGAGCAAUGACUUCCUCAUGAAUUGACCUGAAAAGUCAAUACCUUGGUGACAUACUGUAACACCUUUAAAUCAACAGUGUCCUGUAAGCAGUGAGGACCAGUUACUGUAUUUAUUUGAAUAAGCGUCCAACCUUGAAUUAGUGCCCACCUUGAAUAAGCACCCACCCCCACCCCACCCCUUGGGUGACAGUGAGAUUGAAAUUGAAUAAGUACUAGUAUAAAGAGACUUUUGUUAAGACGGAGUUUUCUUCAGAGUAGGGGUAGUUUACAGAAACAUUGCUUUGUUACAUCUUUGCGUUUCUUUAUUACCAUUUGUUGUUUUGUUGCAAAAUAAACAUACUACACUUGCUGAAAAUGGUGAAAAUCUAAUAAGCACCCAGCCUCGAAUAAGCACCCACCUUGAAUUAGCUCCCACUCUCAAGGUCCAAAAAUUUAAUAAGCACCCAGGGCGGUUAAUCAAAUAAAUACAGUAUUUAAACCAUUAAUUGAACUUAAGGCCUCUGGAUUGCAAUUCCAGCACAAGUUCCAACCACUCAGCCACGGUGCCUCUUAACCCUUUGUGGUUUUCACUUAUUAGGUUAAAGGAUGCUACCCGUCAAGCUGAUCGCAUGACAAAGACCCACAAAAGUUCAGCAGACUCAUUUAUCAGGAUCUCUUCCUGUAUUUCACAAAUGGGAACCAGCGAAUACAUGGACAUAGAUCGUUUUCUAAAUAAGGUAUUUUGGUUGUUUUAUUUCUUUCUCCUAUACUGUGGGAGUCCAUAAUGGUGGGGAAAAAGACAUUUCUCUGUAAGCAUUAUUUUGUAUGAGAGGGGUAGCAUACAUUGACAUUUUAUUUUACCUCACAUUGAGAUGAGCAUCAAAUUAUUCAAGAACAAAAAAUAUUUGAAAAAAAAAAUGGGUGAACAUAUUCAUGCCAGUCAUGAGACUGCAAGGUUGGCCUAAACAUAAAGAAAAGAAAGAAGAGUUUCAGUAAUAUAUUGAAGCUCUUCUUUUCUACCACUCAAGGUACUGAUGUGCAACUUAAGAAGUGUAAAUCUAACCAAAAGUACAAGGCUAUGACAGAAAUCAUAAAUAUAUAGAUUUAGCCAAGGCUGAAAGCGAAGCUCACAUUAAAUCAAACAAUAAACCUGUAUUCCACGAUUCAGUUAACUUUAGAGCACAUUCAUGUGACUUUUUAGGGAAAGGGUAAGUGAUUUUAGAGAAAAAUAAUUUGGAAACAGCCCAAUAGUGAACCAAAUCUUACAUCGAGUUGAUAGCCUCCAUUUUGGUUACAGCUUCCUCCCUGCUUGCACUGACUUUUUCAUCUUCUUCGCUAGAACUCUCAGCCUCACUCGAAUUAAAGUCGUAACAAUGCUUAGAAACAAGCCAGUAAGGGCAAUUCUUUUUUAAUUUCCGUUUCGCUGACACAGCUUUAGCAGAAAGCUCUCUGUGGUCGUUUUCAUCAACAAAACAAAAUAGCAAUAUCGCUCUCCGCGUCUUCCGCCAUUUUGUUCACGUCAAUUCAUGAAGUACACGUGGCUCUGAGUGUGGGUCAUCCACGCGGAACACAUUCGCACUAUUUGAUUGGCUGUUGUCUAAUCCCUCUUGGGAUCUGUGGUCUUAAAAAUAACGUGAGACGAAUUACCUAUGGAAUAGGGUGUGUAUGGGGGAUGCCUUCUCUGUCCCCUUUAUCCUCUCUUGGUUUGAAACAAAGGAAAAUAGAAUUUAAACCAAGGUUAAAAUUGAACCACAACAUCUACAAUAGCGGGGUGUCCAUAUUUCAAGUAAACAGUUGACUGUCCCAGAAAUGGUUUAGAAAAGAAAUCGUGGUCAUUCCAAUUUUUCAAAGUUUGCCCCAUUUGAUUUCUAGGUUGCUGAAUACUUUGAGAAAGCGCGCAAGUUGGAAGGACGCGUUGCAUCUGAUCAAGACCUGAAAAUUUCAGACCUCCUUAGAUAUUAUGUGCGAGACACAGAUGCUGCUAAGAAUCUGCUGUAUCGUAGAGCUCGAUGUCUACAUGACUAUGAGAAUGCUAACAAAGCUCUGGACAAGGCGCGAGCUAAAGGGAAGGAAGUUGCUGCUGUAAGUACACCUUUGCUAGCUGACUGAAUUUCAAAAGGACAAAUUGCACACUGUUUUUAGUGGGGAAAGAUAAGCAUCUUAUCUCUCUGCUUACUGAUCCUUAAAUUCUAUUUUGUUUUCCUGAUUUUGUCUUUGUGUCAUCUAUACCUUAUUUGUGUUGGAAAAUAUCAGACUCUCUUUUUUCCACGUUCUGCUCCAUUAACGUAGCCUUCAUAGCAGGUGCUUCGAAGUAAUGGACGCAAGAAAGAACGAGGCGCGUGAAGGAGACACUCUCCCCUCGCUUGUGUCCCUCGCGUGCCCUGUCCUCUCUUACGUCCAUUCGUCCCAAGCGCCUGCCGUGCCGGGUAUAUUAACAAAAUGUCUCUUCUGACCUUGUCUUUUCCUUUCUGCAUCCUUUAACCCUUUAAACCCUAAGAUCAAAAUUAAAAUUCUCAUUUGUUGCCCCUAUUCAUUUACUAUAGAAGUAGUGGGGAGAAGUUGAUGAAAUAUCAAGCAAAUACAUCUUGUGUGAUCUUGUCCUUAAUUCUCAUGACCACUCUAUUUUACAAAGUACUGCUAUUACAAGGAGAAAUUUGAUGCUGACCACUCUUUUCUCAUAACAAUAUCAAUACAGAAUCAAGUAGAAAGGUUAUAAGAGUUAAUAAAAUGGUUGCUAAAGGGAAAAAGACAUUAUAUUUAGCUCCUGGGCUGAAGUAAUAAUGUCAAUACAUUUGAACCUGCGGCAUUAAACAGCCACUCUCUAUUAAGGGUCCUGAAAUGAUUGACGAAAAGAGUUGAAAAUUAAACCUCUGUCAUGGGGCCACCUCUAUUAAUUGGCUGUAUCCAUCCCAACCACAGGUGUCCCAAGCUCACGUUGGGAGUGUGUUACGUAAAUUAACUUUCUCACAAGAGCAUCGGUGUCUGCGUUACAAGCAACCGUUGAGACUUUGUAUGAGAAAUAAAAUACUGAGGUCUGCGAACGCUUAAUAUCAUUAUUCUUACUUAUUUCUCCAUAAAAUAAAUAAAGGAGACUUGUUUGACCCCUGUCACUUUCUUCAUAAUACUUAACAGCAAAAAAACCUGACUAAAUCGAUGAAUUCACACUAAAAAACACAGAAAUACAUCAAAGGUAAGGUAAGUCUCCUUUAUUUAUUUUAUAGAAAAAUAAGUAAGAAUAAUGACAUUAAGCGUUCGCAGACCUCAGUAUUUUAUUUGUCAUACAAAGUCUCAACAGUUGCUUGUAACACGACACUGACACUCUUGUGAGAAAGUUAAUUCACAUAACACACUCGUAACGUGAGCUUGGGACGCCUGUCAGUGUGUCCCAAUAAGAAUUCUACUGAGUCCUAUUGUUGUCACCUUUAUUAUCCUUUUAAGCCCCAAUAUCUAAACUCAAAUUCUCCACACUAGUGUCCAUACAUUGCCUUAUAGAAUCAGUUGAGAGAACUUGAUAAAGAUCAAAGAACUUUUCCUUUGUUCACCAUUUUGUUAAUUCUCCUAACCUUUCUUCUUGAUGAUGUGUUGAUAUAGUUAGGAGAAACUUGAUGUUGUUCACUCUUGGGACUUAAAGGGUUAAGUGGUAACCAAGUGUUAAUACACUUGUUAUGGCUUUGUUUAAAAAAUACGAUGAAGGACAAUACAGUCUGAGAGGCGACAAUUGAUCAUGAACAAGAUAUAUUGACCCUGUUGGGUGUUUGUUUCAAAAUAAAGUGAUGUUUCUGCUAAAGAUUGUGCUUAUUUACAACAAACCUCAGUUGAGCCACCAACCUCCAUAAAAGGACCACGUGUCAUUACUCCGAGGGUGGUCGGUUAAUGGACGUUCAACUGUAGUAUUUGUUUGUAUUCUAGUAACAUGCCCUUGUAGCUUUUAUGCUUCACUUGACUGUCAUUUUUAUCCUCAUUGUCCUCUAGGCUGAAACAGCUCAGCAAGCUGCUAGUGAGAAAUUUGAACACAUUUCAGAGGUAGCUAAACAAGGUAAGCAAGUGCUUUAAAAAGAAAAUGAAACAGCACUUUAUCAAAGAUAACUAGACAUCUGUACAUUGUCUGGGUAACUUUAAAAUGGAAAUAAUACUGUUUUGCAAUGUAUGAAUUUUAGUCUCUUUAUAUACUGGUAGUUUACUUAACUAUUUGUGUGUGUUUCUCUGUUUUCUUUGUUCUUGUGUCCCUGACCUAAACAUUUAAACAUCUUUUCUUUUAACUGGCUGCCUGGCAUUUUUAACUCUUAGGUUAUUUCGGGCAGCCAGCGCCCCUAUCAUUGUCUGUACUAUUGUUAUAAAUUUUUAUUUUAUGCAUAUUAUGGGGUGAAAUAAAGUGUUGUUGUUGUUGUUGUUGUUUUAAAUUCGUUUUUGAAGUAAUUUAAAUCUUUGAGUAUCACAAAUUGUAACCAGAGACAGCGGGACACACCUAAUUUCUGUCAACCAUUGGUAGUUUUUUUACCGAUGGGUUUAAAAAUAUUUGUUAUCUUAGUAUAUUAAAGGCCGUACUUUCUGUGAAUAUGUGCCCUUACAGGGCUCUAAUAAUUAGAUGCCAUCCCGCUAAUAAGGGCCCACAGCUUAGGCCAUGAUAUCAAUUGAGCGCCUCCCUCCCGAAUAUGCGCUCCUCCCCUCCACAUCACUUUCUUUAAUAGCAGGGAUACAAAAGGAAUGCGACAAUCUGCAAAUCAUUGAAGAGGAUGAUCUCUAGGAUGAUGAGAUAAUUGAUAAAGUCAACUCUCUCAUAGCGACUACAUUGAAAAUAACUUUUUUGUUUCUCAGUCAAAUACUGUUUUAAAAAACUCUCUAGUAAGUGACCACUUCUUAAAUUUCUUAUUGAAGUGACCACGACCACUUUUUCAACCAGAAAUUCGACAUAUUCUUUUGUUUUCUAUUCCUCGUAAGCGACCACCCGGCAUGAUCAUUAUGAUUGUAACAGAACCACUGCUCAAAUGUCAUAAAAGUUCAGUUUUUAAAAGUGUUGCCCAAGCCUGCUGACAGAUUAUAGCAGUUGACUGGCAAAAAUGAUUGCUGUUAUAUGGUCUAUAGGUAGAGGGUAGAUUGUAAAGUUUCGACAGUUGCAAGCGCUGUUCGAUGUGAAAUCUUAUUGUCGGUUGUCUGUUUUCUUACGUCUUAGUAUGUUAGGUAAUAACUUUAUGCAACUGCGUUAAUCAGUUCGUUUUGAGCUCUUUUUCUAAGUGCCUCUUUGUCGUGCACCACGGUGAUGGCUUAUGAGAGAGUUGACUGUACCAUUCACUGUUUAUUGAACAAAAGACAUUUAACGUUUACCUUGAUAAUGUUGUAGUGUUUGCUUUUGUUUUUCUAUAUUAAACAGACUUUGCUAAAAUAAAAUUACAGUUCAUUGAAAGGAAAACUUGAUAAGCGCCCCUUCAGUUAAGCACCCUACUUUCAAUAAAUACCACCUCCCCCGUCCGCCUUUUCAUGGAAAUUUAAAUAAGUGCCCAGGUGCUUACUCCAGGAAAUACGGUAACAUGAAUGAAUUAGAAUUUUGUUUGUUUUGGGACAGAAUUGACCGACUUCAAGACAAGAAGGGUUCAGCAAUUUAGGAAAAACCUGGUAAGAGGAAAACAAUGCACUUAAGUAGGAAAUUGAGUUGAUAACAAGGUACUUCAAUGCCUGUUCCAGAUUUAAUAGACUAUGAAACAUUCACAGUUGUAGGCUCCCCCUAGUUUUCUUGUAUUUUGACAAAAAUAAAAUAAGUCUUUCAGUGACUAAAUAUGUGGACACAAAUGCUACCGGAGUUCUGCAAUCAGUAAAUAGUUUCUUCAGGAACCAACUUUUCCAGUGGUGGUGGUGGUGGGAGUGAACAUAGGUGAUUGGGGAUAGGUGAUUGAUUGGGGCCUGUUCCAGAAGGGAUGAAACAUUCAGGCCUUAGGCUGCUUUUUUUGAAAAAAAAAAUAAGUGGACACAAAUGCUACUGGAUUCUCCUCCCAGGAACCAACUUUUCCAGUGGUGGUGGUGGGAAUGAACGUGAGUGAUUGGGGGAAGGGAUGCAAGGCCUUGGCUGCUUUUUAAAUGUGCUGGAUCUCCUCCUUGGAUUAGUUUGAAUUGGUUAGGAGUGACUUGCCUUGGGCAAAAGUGCAUAAAUUUUGAAGGUGAAUCAUUCCUAAAACUCAUUUGUUUUUUAAAUAGUAUUAUAACAUAAUUAUUAUUUUUAUAAUGUGAAAUAAUAUUAUAGUGCUAUUAACCGAUACAUUUUUCCUUAGACUGAAAGAGCUGAGCUGGAACUUAAACAUGCAAAGGUAAACAUCAGAAAUGAUAACUGUUUUUUAAGCAAUAAAAUGAAUUUGGCCAAAUGAAGUGAACUAUUUUCUUUGAAGAACCAUUUUUCUUGUUAACCACUUUAAGUCCCAAUAUUGACCAUCAUCAAUUUUCUCCUAACAAUAUCCAUACCUUGUCAAGAGAUUAGGUCAUGAGAAUUAAUAAAAUGAUCAACAAAGAGAAAAUAUCAAAUUCUUUCAACUUAUUCUUAAAAGAAAUGUAUGGAGAUCAGUUUGGAGAAUUUGUGUGUGGAUAUUUGGGCCUGAAGGGUUCAUUAAGCAAUAAUCGGAUGAGGCUGAGUAUGAUCUGAAGAAUUAUGGGCACCGAGGAGGGUGUUGUCUGCCACGGCUGAUUAGGCCUAUAAUGUCAAAUACUCAUGGUGACGUCAUUUCCAAGAAAGGAAAGGAUUUUAUCACAGAAGACUAUCUUGGGGAUUCAACAUUGUCAUUAUUCGAAAUUUUCAAACAGUAAUUUUCUCUAGCUGUUUACUCUUGCUUAUUGAUCAUUGCUUAUUGAAAUUCGUGUUCUAUCAGAAAACGUUUCUAGGACACACUUGAUGACUAUUCAACUCGUUUCAUUUUCCUCAACAGGCACAUGUCAACCUACUGAAGACGACAUUAGCACAGUUGAAAGAAUUGUAGUUAUCACACCCGUAUUAAAAUAAAAUUACUCAUUAAGUCAUGUCCUUUGUAGUAAUAAAUUCCAAAACAAAAAGCUGUAUUUCUUCGUCAAUCCAAAAAUAGUUUUCGUUAAAUGUGAAGAAUAUGAUUUUUUAAAUUGGUUAUAACCGAAAUUCAUAGCAUUACAACUACAUAAGAGUCCUGUAAACAAGUACAUUACCCUGCUUAAAUCGCUCUAAUUUUUAUGUGAAAUAAUAAGAGCUUAUUUUGUCAGAAUUGUAGGUUUACGAAUUGUUAUACCCUGACCAAGUUUGCAGGUUCCUUAUAUUUAAUUUUGCGGAUGACUUGUAACAGCAUCGGCUUUGUAAACGCGUUACCUGAGAAUUAUUUUCCCUGGUAGCGGAAGAGAGGCUUUGCUGUUAAGAAACAUUGUACUGAAAAACCAGUGCUUACUUUCCGCCAAAUAGAACGCCAGCUAAAAUUUGGGUUUCGAGGGCGUGGUACUUUGUAGCGGAGCUAUUGGCACGAUGGAAUUCUGGUUAUAUUGGUAAAAGCAGGAAAAGGGAACUAUCUCUCAAAGUGUUCCUGUUUGCCAAAAGAGAAAUUUUUCUUAGAAAGGAACGUUCAAUCGUAGCAGUUGGUUUUUCUAUACAACAUGGUGCUCCUUAAUCACGGUAUACGUCAAAGCAAUUCUUGCCUGCGAAAGGUUUCAUGACACCUUCAGUAAUUGACACUGCAAAGGAUACCCACUCUUCCAGUGCGGGAACGGUUGUGAACAAGAGAGAAUAAUAAUGGAACAGACAGGGAAUCUUAGGGGGUUGGCCGGGAUAUGUGAGUUUGACUAGAGUUGGUUUUAGAGGUUGUAUCCAAACUCUAAUUUCUGAGACGUCCGCAUAUUUUAAUCGAGUGUUUGAAACGUCAUAAAGUACACGCGCCGCUGUCUGAAAGCAAACAGUGUAGAAUAUAUAUGGUAAUGGCGACUAUCUUAACACUGAAUAAAAGUGUGCGGACCUCUCCGGAAACCAACUUCCGAUGUAUUUCUUGCGUUUAAUUAGUCUGAAAAUAACUUAGAUGAAAUUUUCAUAUCCCAAGGGCUUGACUGGGUGUUUCCCUCUUUACCCCGUUCUUCUCUCUUGUUGUCAACCCCCCUUCCCCUCCUUGUAAAAGCUUUGCGCCUUGUGGAGUGGACUGGAGGAGUGGAGCUAAAGCGGCAGAAUUAUGGAUUCACUAUGAUAAGCUGAUGUAUUAGGUUUGUAAUAUGAUUUGGAUGGAAAAAUGGUAAAGUUGUUUGUAUGGAUAAAUAAACUUGUUAAAACCAU